AUGGAUAUACGAUCUCCCACACGGCAGCAGCAGCUCUUAAACCAGUCGGUGUAUAGUGGGUCCAAUAGAUUUCGGGCUGCACGGGGAAGCAGCUGCUUGGCCUUCAGUGGUGCAUGCCCGGCCGGAGGGUCGACGACUUCUGCAGUGACGGGCCCCAGUACCAGAUCACGUUCACAGGUUUUGUCUGGUUGGAAGGAAAAUAGGGAAAGAUGUCAUAUGUCAAUGCUCCACGUAAGUCCCCAAGGAAGCAUCCUGGACCAGCCCCAUCCACCACCACGGUCGAAACCCCGUAAAAUAAAAUGGACCGAAGAGCAUGAGUUGACAUUAGUUUAUGAACUGUUGGAUCUGGCAACACAAGGUGUGCGACAGUCAUUCAAGGGCCAUUUCGCCAACAUUACUGCUAAUUUGAACAAACGUGUCGAGGGGGAUGGCGUCCAGUACAGUCAAGACCAAGUGUCAAAGAAGAUAGAGAAGUUGAGAGAGAACUGGAAGAACUUCACUGACCUCCUUAUUGGCCACAUUGCGACUGGAGCGGGUUGGAACGAGGUCGACAACACGGUUGCGCUAGAUGAGCGUCAAUGGGAACAACUGAAAACGCAACACGGCACAAAGAAAUAUUACAAAUUCAGGAAUGGCGCACCGGCGAACUACUCCCUAUUGAACAACAUCUUUGGAGGGACAACUGCAACCGGUCGGUAUAGACAUGCUAGCACACGGUCCCCCUCGGAAAGUUUGGAGAACGACGACAUUGUAUGCGUCGACCUUAACCUCACACCGGCCAUAAUCGACCUCACCGAACCCCAACUUCCUCCCUCACGGACUCACAAGAGGAAGGGUAAGCGGGUUGCAUCCCCGACAGACCAUUCGCCACACAGUAGCAAAAGGUCGUCGAAAGGAGAGGCGGUUUUGCAUGACCUCAAUCAAGAAUUCUACAAAAUCGCAGAUCAUAUUGAGCGUACGCUUAUCAAGACCGAUACCAUUGGAUCUGUUUGGAAUGCAGGUUGUAGCACUGGGCGUGGACGAGAUUGGCUCCUUGACGCAGUUGCCAUAAUAGACACAUUGGCCCCUGAGUUUGGAUUGGAUGCCCAUCAACAACGUAAGGCGUGUGAAGCCAUGACCAUCAACAAUUACGCGAAGCUUUUUGUAGCGAUGCCAGUUGCUUGCCAAAGAGAUUGGAUGAUGAGCUUUGUUCGGGGCGAUGACAAUUGAACCUUGAUUAUGUUUCGUUGUUUGCA